GCGUGACUUGGUUGCGAGCCGCGGGGUGCGCGAGUGGGAGCGGUGCCUGAGGCGCGGGGGCUGUCGGGAGGGAGCCCGGUUGGCCGCGGGGGGCGGCUGAGGUGGCGUUGGUCGGUGGCUUUUUACUACUGUUUGAGGUGCUGCUUCAUUGGAAAGCAUCUCUACGUUGCUAAGACACUGGACACUGCUUUCUUUAUAGCAAGGAAAAUCUGAAUUCUUCUUACACUCAGGAUGGGGAAAGAUUAUUAUUCUAUCCUGGGAAUUGAAAAAGGAGCUUCUGACGAGGAUAUCAAAAAGGCUUACAGAAAACAAGCACUUAAAUGGCAUCCAGAUAAGAACAAAUCUCCCCAUGCAGAGGAAAAAUUCAAAGAGAUUGCAGAAGCUUAUGAAGUGCUGAGUGAUCCCAAAAAGAGAGACAUUUAUGAUCAGUUUGGGGAGGAAGGUCUGAAAGGAGGAGCUGGAGGACCUGAUGGACAGGGUGGUACCUUCCGGUACUCCUUCCAUGGUGACCCACAUGCUACAUUUGCAGCUUUCUUUGGUGGCACAAAUCCUUUUGAGAUCUUCUUUGGAAGGAGGAUGCCUGGUGGCAGAGACACUGAAGACAUGGAGGUGGAUGGUGAUCCAUUUGGAUCCUUCACUAGUUUUAGUAUGAAUGGGUUUCCAAGGGAAAGGAAUACAGUUGGUAGCCAGUUGCGUCGUAAACAAGAUCCCCCUGUAAUCCAUGAACUUAAAGUGUCAUUGGAAGAGAUCUAUCAUGGCUGCACAAAAAGGAUGAGGAUUUCACGUAAAAGGCUUAACCCAGAUGGUAGAAGUGUCCGAACAGAGGACAAAAUUCUUACUAUUGAGAUAAAAAGAGGAUGGAAAGAAGGCACCAAAAUCACUUUUCCAAAAGAAGGCGAUGAAACACCGAACACAAUUCCAGCUGAUAUUGUUUUUAUCAUUAAAGAUAAACCUCACUCUCACUUCAAGAGAGAUGGAUCAAAUAUUAUCUAUCCUGUUAAGAUCAGCUUAAGGGAGGCUUUGUGUGGCAGCUCUAUCAAUGUGCCAACGAUAGAAGGAAGAACCAUACCCAUGACAGUAAAUGAAGUUGUCAAGCCUGGGAUGAGAAGAAGAAUUAUAGGAUAUGGUUUGCCGUUUCCCAAAAAUCCUGACCAACGUGGAGACUUAAUUAUAGAGUUUGAAGUAAUUUUCCCAGAUAACAUUUCUCCAGCGUCAAAAGAAGUACUUAGGCGAAAUCUUCCAGUUUCAUAAAACGAAGACUGUGUAUGUCAACUGUUUAACUAGGACACUGGAAAUGCAGAAGACUGGCAAGUCUGUGCUUUAAAAGUGCAAUCUGUAACAACUAGUGGAAUAUUUGUUUUUUUUGUUUUGUGGGAUGGGUGGGGGGGAAUACUGUAAUGCUGCAUGAGAAGAAAAGGGUUAAGUACAAGUCAUACAGAUGACUUCUGCAGUAAAAUUUACAGGGAAAACCACUCAUUUUAUUUUACAUCUUCCUAAUCAGAAAAGUUUAUUCAUUAUUUUGCCUAAUGUAAAAUGUAGUUGGUUUUUACAAAGUCAGCGCAUAUUUCUGAUACAGUACUUGAGCCUUCAAGUACUUUAUUUCUUGUAUCUCUAUGGCAUCUAUAACACUACCAAUUUAUACAGAAAUUGGAGAUAGAAGUAGAAAUAAACAAAUGUAUAGAUAUUUUAAAGAGCAAAACAUGAAAGAUGUAGUUUUGGUAUGUUGCCUUCCACUGCACAAAGCAUAGGCUGGGAAAGUCAGCUUGGACUCCUGAACCACUCCCUAGUGGAAUGAAGGCAUUUUCUUUAUUGCCCCAGAAUCUGUGAGGACUGCAUUGGGAGUCUAGCAAAGGGCAUGUGGCUUGAUGAGCAAGAGUAGCCAUUUGCUAUGGGAUAGUUCCUCAGCCUUCAGGAAGAACAGCAAGAAGGGAUUCUACAAGUACAUAAAGAGCAAAUGGUGGGUCUGCUUUCAAAUGAAAUAGGGCAUGGAAACUGGUGACAAAUGACGUGGAGAAGGCUGAGGUGCUCAGUACCUUCUUUGCAUCAGUCUCUACCAGUGAAACAAGCCUUCAAGAAUUCCAGGCCCCUGAGACCAGAGGGGAAGUCUGGAAUCUCAGUGGUGGAGGACCAGAUUAGGGUGCACUUAAACUGGAAGUCCGUGAGCCUGACGGGUUACACCCCUAGUGCUGAGGGAGCUGGCUAAUGCCAUUGCAAGGCCACUCUUAAUUAUCUUUGAAUGGGAUUGGGAGAUGUUCUGGUAGACUGGAAAAGAGCAAAUGGCACUCCUGUCUUUAAGAAAAACAAGAAGGAGAAUUCGGGGAGCUACAGGUUAGUCAGCUUCACCUCAGUCCUUGGAAAGGUGAUGGAGAAAAUCCUCUUGGAAUGCAUUUCCAAACAGAUGAAGGACAAGAAGGUGAUCAGGAGUAGUCAGCAUAGAUUUACAAGGGGGAAUUGUGUUUGACCAACCUCGUUGCCUUCUACAGUGAGGUCACAGGAGAAUAGUCCAUGUUGUCUACCUUGACCUUAGUAGACGGACUGACAAAUUACAGAUUAGGUAAGAGGAAAGUGAGGUGGAUUAAACACUGGCCAAAUGAGUGGGCACAAGGGGGUGUAAUCAGUGGCACAAAGUCCAGCUGGAAGCAAGUCAGUAGUGGUGUACCCUAGGGCUUAAUACUGGGGCCAAUACUAUUCAACAUCUUCAUUAAUGACCGGGAUUAUGGGAUGGAGCGCAUCCUCAGCAAACUCACAAAUCAUAUAAAACUGGGGAGAGUGGCUGGUAACACCAGAUGAUGUACCGCCUUCCAAAGGGACCUCCAUAGGGUGGAGAACUGGACAGAGGAUUCUCAUAAAGUUCAACAAGGGGGAAUGCAAAGUCUUGCUCCCUGAGGAACAGCCCAAGACACUAGUACACCCUGGGAGCUCACUGCCUGGAAAGCAGCUUUGCUGAGAAAGACCUUGGGGUCCUUGUGGACAACAAGCUGACCGUAAGCCAGCAAUGCACCCUUGUGGCAACAACAGCCAAAGCUUUGCUAGCAGAGUGAGGGAGAUGAUCCAGUGAUGAGGAUGCAUCUGGAAUACUACGUCCAGUUCUGGGCUCCCCAGUGCAAGAAGGAUACAUACUUACUGGAGCAGGUCUAGCACAGGGCCAUGUAUGAGAGGCUGACCGAGCUGGAGGUUUUCAGCCUGGGGAAGAAAAGGCUUGAGGGGAUUUUACCACUGUGUAUAAAUACCUGAUGGGAGGUAAUAAAGAUGGGGAAGCCAAGCUCUUCUCAGUAGCUCUGAGACAUGGUCCUGGGCAACCUGCUGUAGCCUAGCACCCAUGCUUGAGCAGGGGUGUUGGACUACGUAAUCCCAAGAGGUUCCUUCCAACCUAAAUGAUGCUGUGAACUUGGACUUAGCACUUUUCACUAGACAGUGCUAUGGGCCAUGUCCUGCAAAUGAGGCUUAGCCCAAAGAUGGGUGGUACUGAUGGGACAGCGUGAAUCCCUAGGGAGUAGGUCUAUGCUUGAGUGGAAAGAUGCACAAAGAACACUGUAAAAGCAUUUAGCUAGUGCAGGUAUUUGAAGUUCACACUGAUCUUGAGUAUUCAUUAUUUUCAAAGGCUGAACUUUACUCCCAUGAAGAAGGAAAAGCCUAGGUCCUAGCUAAACGAGAGUUUGCUUAAGACACAAAGUGGGAUAGGGAUUGCCCAUAAACUUUCACAUGCUUGAACGGAGUCUUUUUUUGAAUACAAAUAUGAGCUACUUGUCUUUAGAGUUAAAAGGUGUAUAGGGAAAUUGAAAGCCCUCUGUAAUAGUCUAGUUUUAUACUACAGUAAUAGGGCUGGUUCCCUUGAUUGCGGCAUGAUUUUGGUGAAAGAAAUGCCUUGCAGGCGUGCUUUAUUACUUGAGUUUAAAACCGUAAUACAGUGCUUUAACAACAUUUUCAAAGUUUUUUUUUCAUAUUUUUCUUCAUAAGAAAAUAUGUAAGACUUGCUGUCAGCCUUUUGCCUGUGGAAAUUUAGUAGUUACCUGCUCUGUAAGGUAGCUUAAGAAAAAACAGUGUUAUCUUCAUAUAUGUGAUUUUCUGCAGGAAAGUAAAUCAUAUGGAAGUUGGGAUUUAACUUACAAUAACUUUUUAAUGAGCACAAGAAGAAUCCCAUUUCUGUUCAUCAAAGAAAUAGAACUUCUGGGAGACACUGUUUGAGUCAAUUUUUCAACUGCAGAUCUCUUCAUACAGUGUUAGUUAGUUGUAGUCCUAAAUCUACAAGAAACUAAACAAUUGCUGGAGCAGUAUCACAAAAAGAAAGAAAUUGCUGCUUAGUGCUUACGCAUAUUGUUAACACUAUAUAUUGUUUGUUCAAGAAAUUCCCAUUUCAGUAUGUUCCGUAUUACAUUUCUUAUGUGGUUUUUAAGUAAAAAAUGUAAAGUUGGUUUUUAACUUUCUCUUAUCUUUUGUUAUGAUGGCAGAUGCUAUAAGCUACACAACUUUAAAAGCAUAUCAUCCUAAAAUACCUGUUUGUCAGUUUAAAAGUUAAUGGAAUUGAGCAUUUUGUAAUCCAAGAUAUUGUAACCAUAGUCUAACUUGUUAAAAAAAAAAAGUUACAGCAACUAGAACUAUUUUUUGUAACCAUCUUCAGGUAAGAGGAGUAGUGUUAAAUUGAGGAAUUGCAGUAUCUUGUGUAUUUAGAGGUAUGUAUAUAUAUAUAUGUAUAGCAAACUAAACUUUUCCAACUGUUUUCAUGCUCAAAAUACAGAACUAUAGGACUGGUAUGAAAUGCUUGUAUUUCUUUUCUUAUGGAGAAGUAACAAAGUAUAUGAUGCAGAAAAUAGCUUGUGGAAUUACUUCAAAAUAUGAGUAUUAAUAUCUAUCUAAUCCAGGAUUCACAAAAAUUAAUAUUUUUCUAAUCAAAAAAAUGUACUUAAAAGCUAUGUUUUAAAAACCACUUGAUUAUUUAAUAAAGGCUACUUGGGAGAAGGAGGCAAA